GCGCGGCGCCGGCGUCACGCCACACAGCGGCCCGCGCGCCUUCUCCUCGGCGUCGGCCUCGUCCUGAGCUCGCGCCGGGCCCGCGGCGGCCAGGACCUCACGGUCCCCAGCAUGUCGUCCUCGGCCCCCGCCGCGGAAGGAGACGACGCCACCGCCCAGCCCGCGUCCGACCAGGACCCCGAAAUGCCCGGCCGCAGGGACGACAGCGACGACGAGGAAGAGGACGAGGAGGAGGAGGACGACGACGAGGAGGAAGAGAAAGAAAAGAGUCUCAUCGUGGAAGGCAAAAGAGAAAAGAAAAAAGUAGAAAGGUUGACAAUGCAAGUGUCCUCCUUACAAAGAGAACCAUUUACAAUUGCACAAGGGAAGGGUCAAAAACUGUGUGAAAUUGAAAGGAUACAUUUCUUUCUAAGUAAGAAAAAAACGGAUGAACUUAGAAAUCUACACAAACUGCUUUACAACAGACCAGGCACAGUGUCCUCAUUAAAGAAGAAUGUGGGUCAAUUCAGUGGCUUUCCAUUUGAAAAAGGAAGUACACAAUAUAAAAAGAAGGAAGAAAUGUUGAAAAAAUUCAGAAACGCCAUGUUAAAGAGCAUCUGUGAAGUUCUUGAUUUGGAGAGAUCUGGUGUAAAUAGUGAGCUAGUGAAACGGAUCUUGAAUUUUUUAAUGCAUCCAAAGCCUUCUGGAAAACCAUUGCCAAAAUCUAAAAAAUCUUCAAGCAAAAGCAAUAAAAAGGAACGGAAUAGUUCUGGAAUGGCAAGAAAGGCAAAGCAAACCAAGUGUCCUGAAAUUCUGUCAGAUGAAUCUAGUAGUGAUGAAGAUGACAAGAAAAAUAAGGAAGAGUCUUCAGAUGAUGAAGAUAAGGAAAGUGAAGAGGAGCCACCAAAAAAGACAACUAAAAGAGAAAAAACUAAGCAGAAAGCUACUCCUAAAAGUAAAAAGUCUGUAAAAAGUGCUAAUGUUAAGAAGGCAGAUAGCAGCACCACCAAGAAGAAUCAAAACAGUUCCAAAAAAGAAACUGAAUCUGAAGAUAGUUCAGAUGAUGAGCCUUUAAUUAAAAAGUUGAAGAAACCUCCUACAGAUGAAGAGUUAAAGGAGACAGUAAAAAAGUUACUGGCCAAUGCCAACCUGGAGGAAGUGACAAUGAAGCAGAUCUGUAAAGAGGUAUAUGAAAACUAUCCUGCUUAUGAUUUAACUGAGAGAAAAGAUUUCAUUAAAGCAACUGUGAAAGAGCUUAUUUCUUGAGAUGGAGU